GGCGGGGGGGCGCGCGCGCCAUGCUGAUCACGCUCUGCUACCUCUACCUAUGGGCGCGCUGGGGGCCUCGCUCGGCCGCGCUCAUCCGCCGCACCGUGCGCCGCCUCCACCGCUCCCGCUGCUCCUUCACCUUCUGCUGCUGCGCCGGCCCCCCGGCGCCCCCGGCUCGGCAGCCGCGCAGGCAGGUGCCGCCCGAGGAGCGAGUCUGCCUCAGGAUAGGGAACAAAGUCUUCUUCACGGAUGAGGCGCAGUUCCUUGAUGACUUAAACAGAUGGAGCCUACUUCUCAUUUCUCCUUUUAUUUAUCCUGAUAAGUUACUUAAAGCAGAACAUAUAGCUUUUGUGACAGAAAGCAUUUCAGCUCAGACAGAUAACUUGCAGAAAGUACCUGGCUCUUCAAAAGAGAUUGUGAAGUGGUCAGACUAUUGUUCACCGUUGGCCUAUAAACCUGGUGAGCCUUAUAAGUUAAUUGCUGAAGCAAGUGUGGAUAAUUUCAGUAGCCUUGGAAUAGCAUUCAUGGAAGACAGGCUUCAAAUGGAUAACGGAAUGGUGCCACACAAGAUUGUUUCUGUCCAUUUACAGGAAUCUACUCUGAAGGAGUUGGCACAGGUGGCACCACCUGUAAAAGAGCAAAGUGUAAGCAGUACACAGAUGGAUGAACUAACUCCUGCUGCUACUUUUGGGAAUACUGGCAAAUCAGGAUUAGGAGUAGCUGAGUCUGCAGGACAAGGUGAAGAGGAGAAAUCCAAGCUAGAGAAAGAAAGCGAGCAUGAAGAUGAAUCUAACAGUCUAUCUGACAAAGAGAUAGGUGCUGGAGAACAUCAUCACUUGCAUCUCUCCAGCUGUCAUGAAUGCCUGCAACUUGAAAACAGUACUAUUGAAUCGGUCAGAUUUGCCUCUGCAGAAAACAUUCCAGAACUUUCUGAUGAUUGCAAUAGCAAACUGGAAGAGAAUAAUGAUGACUGUCUAGCAAAAGGAAUAAAGAGAGUAAACCUUGCUGGAAAGCCCCCUAAUGUACUAAUUUAUCUUGGCUCUGAAACUGCAAAAGUGGAAUUUGAGCAGGUAAAAUCAAUCCUUCAGGAAUGCAUUGAUGCAGACAGCUAUACCAUCUACCAGCUGCAUGAGGAACAAGUACUGAAAGCUCCAUGGAUUGAUAAUUCACUGCUGUUGAUCAUUGCCACAGAGGAGCCUAUUUCUGAGGAGAACCACAAACAAUUUAUGAAGUUUUUAUCUAAAGGUGGAAAGAUUCUGGGGUUUUCUUCAUCUUUUACAUUUGAUGGCAUACAAAUAAAGAGAAAAAACAAACUGAAGAAGACUGUUCGUGAAUUAGUGGUCUCUAAAAUGGACAGCACUGAAAUUAAGUUAAAUCUUUUGGUCAGUGGCUGUAUUUUUGAGGAAGUGAUGAAGGAAGAUACUAGCAAAGUGAAGACAUUGAGUCGAUUAAAUAAUGCUGAUAAAGAUAUAGUUAUUGUUCAUCUGACUUACGGAGACAGUGGAGGAGAAGCCAUUCUUUCUCAGGCACACUUGGAACUUGAUAUUAAUUCUAUGGAUGUCCAAACUGAAGAGGAUUUUAAUUUGCUUAAGAUAAGCAAUACUAAGAGAUAUGAAGUUCUCAAGGAGAUCCUGACAUCACUUGGCCUGAGUUGUGAAUUAAGUGAAAUUCCGUUGUUAACACCUAUUUACCUUCUCUCUUCUGAUGAGGAAAUCCAUCUUGCUUUUCUGAAAUGGCUCGAGGGAAAUGUAGAUGCUGAAGGAUUAAGAGCAUCCAGCAAGGUGUCUCUUAAAUUUGUUUCAUCCUGUGAAUCAAAAAUGGAGUUAACUCCAUCUCUCAUGCCAGUCAUCACUGAGAUGGGAAGGUUCUCAUCAGAACAUUUCAGCCUGAAGACAUAUCAACAGAAUCUUCAAACAAAGAAACUUGGAAAGAUUCUUCUUUUUACUGAAGUUACCACAACAACAAUGAAUCUUCUAGAUGGGUUAAUGUUCGAGUUGCCUGAGGAGAUGGGUUUAAUAGCAAUUGCUGUUCGACAAACACAAGGGAAAGGUCGUGGUGGAAAUGUUUGGCUCAGUCCCAUGGGCUGUGCACUAUCCACUUUACAUAUCACCAUUCCUCUACAUUCCAACCUGGGCCAGAGAAUUCCUUUUAUUCAACACCUGGUGUCCUUGGCAGUGGUAGAGUCAGUUAGAUCAGUACCAGGAUAUGAGGAUAUUGAUCUGCGAGUAAAAUGGCCAAAUGAUAUUUACUACAGCGAUCUUAUGAAGCUUGGUGGAGUUCUGGUAAACUCUACACUUAUUGAAACAACAUUUCAUAUACUUAUUGGCUUUGGAAUUAAUGUAAAUAACAGCAACCCCACCAUAUGCAUCAAUGAUCUUAUCACAAAAUUUAAUAAGGAAGAGGGUACAAAGCUGAAGCCUUUAACUGCAGACUGUCUUAUUGCAAGAACUGUAACUGUGCUAGAGAGGCUUAUAGAUAUUUUUCAGGAGAAAGGGCCCAAUGGAGUUCUUCCCUGUUACUACAAGUACUGGGUACACAGUGGUAAGCAAGUCCGUCUCCACAAUGAGGAGGGCCCGGUUGCAUGGAUAGUCGGGAUAGAUGAUUAUGGAUUCCUUCAAGUUCAUGAAGAAGGCAAGGGUGUAGAGUCUGUGCACCCAGACGGCAACUCUUUUGACAUGCUGAGAAACCUCAUAGUCCCAAAGCAUUAACAGUCCUCAGAGCUCACAGCGCGGAGGGAGGCUUUUUAGUAUUUGGCAUCAAGCAGCUAAGCUUGCUUAAAGGUGGGAAGGGUGGUGGAUAGCUUGAUUUUUUUUCUUCUGAUUUUCUGAUAUCUUUGUUCUUUGACACGGAUAACUUCAACAGUUAUGAAGAGGUAAUGAUCUCAUUGCCGAAGGCCUUUAUUCCUUCAUAUUAACUUUAAAACACAUCUAUGUUGCCAUUCUUUGUAAGCAUCUAUUCUUUAAAAGGAACCUGAUUGCAAAGGAAUACUUUGCAAUGAACAGAACUUUCUCUUCAUUUACACACUGUAUUUGAGAAACUGAAGUGGCUAAAUAUUUCCUUUUUGUGUCUCUGUGUUUUUGUUGUACUUCAGCACAAUGCACUACAAUAUUUACAUUUUUACUGUGGUUUUUUAAACUAAAUUCUGGUUUAUGCAUUGUCUGCAGUGGAAACAGCUGGAAGAGCUCAUCAUAUAUUUCUGAAUUACUGGGAUUACCACUGUGUUUAAAUUCAGGUCUAAAUGUAGAGCCUUGCUGAUUUGGUUCUUCUCCAUGUGGGCCUCUACAACAGUUUUAUCAUCCUGUGCUUUGGUCUCAGGUCUGCAACUCUCUCAUGACUACCUUGAGUUUUUGGAGUGUUUUCCAUCAGCACUUAAGAACUGUGGCUGGUUAUCCAAAUUAUUUGUACACCGCUUUUCUUAGACAGUUGGAUCCGAGUAAGUCAUCUCGUAUCUCCUUUGAAUCAUAGUCUUCCAAGACACUUUAGCUCCCAUAAGAAUAGCCCACCGGAGUAGUGUAUCACCUAGUUGCAAUCUUCUUAUCCAGGUUAUUGUAGAAUCCCAUGUCAGGAGAGAGAAGUCCUAGUAGUUUAGAAUUUAAUAGCAAUUCUAUGUAAUAGCAAUGAAGUUAAGCGAAUAAAUAAGAGAAAAUGCCCAGCUCUUAAAAUCCCUGCCGUAAACAACUACUGUAGUGAAAAAGAGAAAACAUGCAGCUAACCUGUGUCCAAAUUCUCCUCCAUUGUUUCUGUUGUCACCCCCUUUCCCCAAGCAGGGCAUCUGGUUUUGCUGCUAACCAUUAAAAGCAAGAAGUUUAACAUCUGCUGACCCGAAAGUAGCUUGCUUUGGGGGCUGGCUGCACAGUUCCAGGUUAGGUGUAACAGCUUGGUCAUGACUGGAAAGCCUGCGGGAUCUUCCGUGCGAUGGCAGCUUGUCGGGUUUUUCUCCCGGGCAAGGCAAAUUUGCACCAGGAGGCUUGGCCACCACAGCACUUCAAACAGUUCUCUGCAAAUGAAAAGUUUGUCAUAGGUGUGAUGUGGCCAGCUUCAUUUCCUCAAUAGGCAGCACUGCUUAUUACGUUACCUUGUCCCUACUGAAGGUGGAUCAGCCAAAUUGGUUUCCACAAAGGACUUCUGUCUGCUAGCCAGAAAAGGGUUUUUUAGGUUAAAGUUCACCUCAUAAACAAUCUGAACAUGUUAGUAGAUUGUUUCAGUUACAAAGCCAAGAAGUCUUAAAACAAGGAAACUAGUCUGUAAUGGUAAUUUAGAGUAAUCCUCACAUAUUAGGGUUUAGGUGGUUUGGCAGCAAGUGCUAGAAAUUAGGUUGUCCCUAUUACAUUUAGGAUUUUAUGCUCCAUAUCAUAGUAGAUUUGUCUGUGUGCCUGGUUGUCCGUACCCUGCUGUUUUGUUUUUCCCCAUGAUCCACAUCAUAUGAGACUGCACACCAAUAUUUCAUAGAACUGUACAGUGGAGUGUAGACAGCUGUUAAUUGGCAUCGUUAAAAUGAUACACAUGAACACCAGUUUUUGCUUUUUCCCACCAGAUGCUUUCCAAACUGCUUUGGGCUGUUAAUUUUUGGCAACUACAUUUAUUUCAGAAUCAAAUAUUGAUGCAUAUUAUAAUCAAAUGAAACUUGAAUCCGAGUUUAAAAAGUUUAAAUAAAAAGAAGAGACCAUUUAUAUAUACAUAAUAUGAAAAAAUGUGUGUGUGUGCAUACCAUUCCUUGUGCAUCUUCACUUUUUUCCUACCUUUUCCUUCAAGCAGCUUAUGAGCAAUGCAUGCUGCUGCAGGUCAGCUGUGGAAAGCAUAGCUCUGGUACUGUUUUUCCAGCCACAGAGUUUUACAAAACUUUAGAUCUGUACCUCAAUCCGAUAUUUGUAGCUAAAACACUGUCUCUGUUUUGGUACUGUAGGGUGUGCCUGUAGGAAGCACCUUUGAUUUCGCUCAUAUUCCAGAUAGACCGAUGAGUGCCUGUAGAGAUUUCUUUUAAUGACCAGUUCAUGCAUCCCUCAGGUUUUGACUUGAAUUGCUUCCUUAAACACGUUCUCCCAUAGCUAGGGACAAGUACUGUAAAAGAAUGAUGGAGGGAAAUGAUAAAACAUGCCCCUCUGUGAAGGGCAGGAUGGAUCUGCAAACCUUCACCCCACUACGCUACUACAGUGUCUGAGCAGCAGGCAGAUGAGUUUUUAAUAGUAAAAUGCUGCAAUAUUUCCUGGUUGCUAUUGUUACUUUUGGAUUUUUUCAUAGCUUUCUUAAUGAAAAGCUUGUUCUAUUCUCACUUUGAGUUGUAAGAUUAUUCUGAAAAUUUUUGCAUUGGAAAGAAACUUAGCAUUGAACUUCCUUUCUGCAAAUGAGAACUAACUGGGUGUGGACGUGUUGCAGCGUAGGUGGGUGCUGUGGGAACGUGUCGCUUUGCCUCUACUUUUUAGGGUCCUGUUCUGUGUGUGCAAAACUACCUGUUGUCUUGAGGAAACAGCCUUGAGUUGGAUGAAGCGUUUGUUACAAACCUGACCUUUCCUUCAGAAGAACCAAAGAACAUCACAAAGAAAAUUCCCAUUGUAUCGUGAGCAGCUGCCUAAGGUCCUUCUGACUAGCAGCUGUUCCUGUGGAGAAAGGCAGUGAACCUUCCUGUACCACACUCACCUUAGGGUAAAUGGGGAGCACAGCCAGCAGUCUUACUCUUUUUAUGCCAAACUUGGCACACCCAGAAAGCCACAACAUUUUGGUAUGAAAAUCAUUGUUAUUAUUGUUCUUUAUGUAGGACAGACAAAUGUGGUGUAGAGUGUCUCUGGACAUAGGUAUGGAGAGAAUCAGACAACUCCAGAUCCAGAAGUAAUGCACUGAAAAUGUUUAAUUUCAUUCAACUGUCUAGAUUAGUAAAACACCUCUUUCAUUGUGAGGCUGAUGUCAUAUCUUAAACUAUUUUCUUGAUGAAGUGCUUUCAAAAAACAUUUAUUGCAGUGUCCAUAUUUCUGUGACUUCAUUUUUUUCCUCCUGGACUAUGUUAUAACAUUUCUCAUUACACAUUGUGAAAAUAUUUGUCGAGGUUGUUUAUUGAUAGGAAAACUUCUGCUGAGCAGGCUGGGUGUGUUGGCACGUGUCUGUGUUCAGAAAGAGUAAGCAGGUUGUGUCCAGUCAGCACCGAUGCUGUUUCCAAAGAUUUGAAAAAGUAAUAAUGUACUUAACAUUUAAGAGUUCAAGCAGUACAUCUCACUUCUAGUAAAAGGUUUUAUAAGACUUCAGAGCAUUUUUAAAAUACAUCCAACAAAAAUAAUCUACUUUAAGGGCUAUUACCUAGAAAUAAUAUUAAAGCAUUUAAUUCUUUAUGAUGCUGCUUCAUUGUACAACAAUUUUUUUUAUUUCUUUGCUUUUACUGAUACAGCUACAAGACAUCAGCAGUCUAAAAAAUUACUCUCUGCAACUACUUUGGAAUAUACAGUAGCUAUAUUUAAAAAAAAAAAAAAAUUAAGUACAGCUUAAUAUCUGUCAUGAAAAAAGAUUUGUGCCGCAAAGAGCUGAUUCCUGGGGGUAACUGGUUUGAUAAAAGCAUUUGCAUGCAUAAGUUACUGCAGUGAUGCACCGCACUGAUCAGACACCAAAGAAAUUAAAUCUGGACUGAGGAAAGAACAGAGGUCAAAAAAUGCCGGCGUGCCGCAGGCUGCGGUCAUGUAACACACAUUGAGAAAAAAGAACUACAGGGAAGAAUUGUAAACUGAUGUCAUGUUUGAGUAUCUUGCAUUAGUGCGUUUCAUUAGUGAUUCUGUGUUAUUUUCAGUUCUCCAAGAGUCUUCCUUUAAAAUGCAAUGUGGCUAAAAUACAGUAAAUAAAAAGAAUCCUUGUAUUUUAUAGUACAUUAACUGUCAAAUAUAGUACGGAUGACAAUUGAAAUAAAUUUUCAAAUAUGCAACAUUA